CGAUAUUGGUAUGAGUCCGAACUCGUAAAAGUAGUUCUUCGUCGUGUCAGGGAGGUGUUGAAGAAGGAUGACCAAGAUUUACCCGACAAACUAGUUGGACUUGAUCGUCAUGUUCAAAAAAUGAUGAGAAAGCUUGGUGUUGUCUACAGAGAUGGACGAGCCAACAGAGUAUGUGGAGGAGACGUACGUGUCGUCGGAAUAUGUGGUCUGCGGGGUGUCGGGAAGACUACACUUGCAAAGGUUGUCUACAACAAAAUGCGUUCGUUGUUUCAAGAAUGUAGCUUCCUCGAAGAUAUGAAGGCAGAAGAAGUCAAGUCUUUGCAAGAAAGGUUAAUUGCUACCCUUCAAAAAAGAAGACGUGAACCACUUGAUUCUUGUAGUGCUGGAAUUAAGAAUAUGGAAAAUUCAUUUAGUGAUAUGAAGGUUCUCAUUGUGCUUGAUGACGUGCGUGACGAUCAACAAAUCAAAAGAUUAGUUGGGAAGCUCACUUGGUUUGGUCCAGGAAGUAGAAUCAUUGUGACCACGGACAAUGAAAAAGUUUUAAAUGGUUACGAUGAAGCAGUUGAAAUAUACGACGUUCAACCAAUGGAACCCCACCAUGCGCUUCAACUCUUUCGUCGAUAUGCUUUUCUAGGGGAGGCUCCCCAAGACUAUGAGUACGAUUCCCUGUCCAUAGACAUCGUCAAAGCUAUUGGAGGGCUUCCUAUGGCUAUUAUACAUCAGGCUUCAAAUUUAAGCAAGAAAAGGAACGACAAAGGAACAUGGAGAUAUACUUCAGACCAUUUAAAAAACCGCCUACCAGAGGAUAUUUCACCCUGCUUUAUGGACAGUUACGAAUCUUUACAUUCCCAUUUACAACGGAUGUUUCUCGACAUAGCGUGCUUUUUUAUUGAUAAAGAUGAGAGGAUUCCCCCUUAUAUGUGGAAGGCUUGUGAUCACUAUAGUCCAUUGGGAAUGGAUUCCCUUCGCAAGUUGCAUUGGUUGGAAAAAGGAGAAAAUAAUGAAUUAAGAAUGCACAAUCUGAUACGAGACUUUGGCAGGGACAUUAUCAAGAGAAAAGUUAAUCAUAAGCGCUGCAGGUUUUGGAAUCACAGUGAUGCACUUGAAAUUCUAGACAAUCCUAAGGGUUCUGAAAGUGUUGAAGGCAUUGGUCUCACAGUUGAAGAGGGUCACGUCGACAGUUUUAAAUGUGAAGGGUUUCGUGAAAUGCCGAAUUUGAGGUAUCUCAGACUGGACCGGGCCAACAUCCAGGGAGAAACUAAGAAUCUUCCCCCAAAUUUGAGGUGGCUUGAUUGGCGAGAUUGCCGUUCCAUUCCUGAGCUACAUGAUACGCAUUUGAAGAACUUAGUCAUUCUAGAUCUGUCUAGGAGUUUGGUCCCCCAAGACCCAAAAAUCUGGAGUCGAAUCAUGGAGGUAUGGCCAACAUUUACUUUCUAA